AUGGUGGAACAGUUUCUCAAGUUAAAGCCACCGCAGUUCACUGGAAGUGGAGACCCCGAGGCUGCUACCCAAUGGAUUGAAGGAUUGGAAAAAGUGUUCAACUUGCUUAGAUGCUCGAAUGAGGAUAAGGUGGUCCCGGCCGUUUAUCAACUAGAAGGUAACGCCAGUACUUGGUGGAGAGCUAUCGGGGAUAGAAUUUUCCCGGAAGGUACGGUCCCGGUGUGGGAUACCUUUGUGGAGGCCUUUAAUAACAAGUAUUUCUCGAGAACAACGAGAGAGCGAAAGAUGGCCGAGUUCGUCCGCCUCCGCUGUGAAUCGAUGACCGUCGAUCAAUAUGAAGCUAAGUUCUCGGAAUUAUCUAAGUUUGCCCCGAGAUUGAUUGAGGACCCCGAGGAUAGGGCUAGAAGAUUCGGGGACGGGCUGAAGCCCUAG